UUAAAAUGAAAGGUUUCAUGUUUGGCCGUCUCUGUGUCACGCUGUGAGCGUUGAGCGUUCACGCACACGUUUUUAGAACGGACCUGCACGUACCAUGGUUGCUAGGUGAUGUCUAUCUCUGCAUUUGAUUCCAAUCAAUUCUCUUGGUCGGUCAAAACUUUCUCAGCUAUCGAGGCUACUUUCGUCGACGAUUUCUGCGAAAUACAAGCGAUUUUCUCCCAAACAACACCUAAAUAAAAGACAAAGUUCCACUAACAACAGGAUUACCGAAAAAAAAGACCUUAACAGAGGACCAACAUCAACUGAGGCAAGGAGCUUUUUCCUCCAGGAGCUUCUCCUCCAGGAGCUUCUCCUCCGGGAGCUUCUCCUCCAGGAGCUUCUUCUUCUCCAGGAGCUUCUUCACUGAGGAAAAGAACUUAACAGAAGACCAACAUCAACUGAGGCCAGGCGCUUCUUCUCCAGCAGCUUCUUCCUGCAGGAGCUUCUUCUCCAGGAGCUUCUUCUUCUCCAGGAGCUUCUUCACUGAGGAAAAAAGAUGGAGCAGCGCUUCACUUGGACCAUAGUCCCCGAUUCGGGUCCCAGCCGGCUCAACGACACACGGCUCAUCCUUCGGAGGGUCCCAGCACCGGACACCGACAGUGGCUGCCCACCUGCCUGCAACCCUGGCUCUAUCAUUUGGUCACCCACAAGACCUCCCUCCCACUCCACAGGUGACGCUUAUAAAGGGCCCAGAGGGGUUGUAAAAGCCCGCCCCCCUAAAAGACAUAGGGAUCCCACUGAGGAUCAGGAAUCUGGCCCCAAAAAACAACCCAUGCCAACCAGUAUUUCGUUUAAACUUUGGCAACCAGAAAUUAAUCUGGCACCUAAUACGGCUCUUAAAGCAAGCCCCCCAGAAACACCUGUGGAACCAAGGGAGGCUCUUGAGGGUUGCCUCCCAAAAAACACUGUGGUAUCCAGGGUGGGUCUGCAGGCAGGGUUCCCUAAACCAGCUCUGGUCCCCGGUGCUGCUCCAAAGGUAGGCUCUCCUAAACAAGCUCUAUCCCACAGUGCUGCUCGAAAGGUAGGCCCUCCCAAACCAUCCCUGGCCCCCAGUGCUGCUCCAAAGGUAGGCCCAGCACCACACACCAACAGCGGCCGUGCACCAGCCACUCACUCUGGCUCUAUCAUGGGGUCAUCCACAAGACCUCCCUCCCACUCCACAGGUGUCGCUUUAAAAAGGCCCCGCCAUACAGCACUUAUGGCAGCUUCUCUCAGAGAGGCUGUAAAAGCCCGCCCCCCUAAAAGACUUAGGGAUCCCACUGAGGAUCAGGAAUCUGGCCCCAAAAAACCACCCAUGCCAACCAGUAUUUCGUUUAAACUUUGGCAACCAGAAAUUAAUCUGGCACCUAAUACGGCUCUUAAAGCAAGCCCCCCAGAAACACCUGUGGAACCGAGGGAGGCUCUUGAGGGUUGCCCCCCAAAAAACACUGUGGUAUCCAGGGUGGGUCUGCAGGCAGGGUUCCCUAAACCAGCUCUGGUCCCCAGUGCUGCUCCAAAGGUAGGCUCUCCUAAACAAGCUCUAUCCCCCAGUGCUGCUCGAAAGGUAGGCCCUCCCAAACCAUCCCUGGCCCCCAGUGCUGCUCCAAAGGUAGGCCCAGCACCACACACCAACAGCGGCCGUGCACCAGCCACUCACUCUGGCUCUAUCAUGGGGUCAUCCACAAGACCUCCCUCCCACUCCACAGGUGUCGCUUUAAAAAGGCCCCGCCAUACAGCACUUAUGGCAGCUUCUCUCAGAGAGGCUGUAAAAGCCCACCCCCCUAAAAGACUUAGGCAUCCCACCGAGGAUCAGGAAUCUGGCCCCAAAAAACCACCCAUGCCAACCAGUAUUUCGUUUAAACUUUGGCAACCAGAAAUUAAUCUGGCACCUAAUACGACUCUUAAAGCAAGCCCCCCAGAAACACCUGUGGAACCGAGGGAAGCUCUUGAGGGUUGCCCCCCAAAAAACACUGUGGUAUCCAGGGUGGGUCUGCAGGCAGGGUACCCUAAACCAGCUCUGGUCCCCAGUGCUGCUCCAAAGGUAGGCCCUCCUAAACAAGCUCAACCCCCCAGUGCUGCUCGAAAGGUAGGCCCUCCCAAACCAUCCCUGGCUCCCAGUGCUGCUCCAAAGGUAGGCCCUCCUAAACAAGCUCUGCCCCCCAGUGCUGCACCAAAGGUAGGCCCUCCCAAACCAGUCCUGGCUCCCAGUGCUGCUCCAAAGGUGGGCCCUCCCAGACCAGCCCUGGCCUCCCGUGCUGCUCCAAAGGUAGGCCCUCCUAAACAAGCUCUGCCCCCCAGUGCUGCUCGAAAGGUAGGCCCAGCACCUCACACCAACAGCAGCUGCCCACCUGCCUGCCGUCCUAGCUCUAUCAUGGGGUCUUCCACAAGACCUCCCUCCCACUCCACAGGUAUUGCUUUAAAAAGGCCCCGCUAUACGCCACUUAUGGCAGCUUCUCUAAGACAAGCUUUAAAAGCCCACCCC